AUGGCUUCUUCUUCUUCUUCUUCCACUACUGUUGAAGUGAGGAAGCAUGAUGUAUUCCUCAGUUUCUGCGGCGAGGACACCCGCUACACUUUUACCAGCACUUUACACGGAAUUUUGAAGCAUCAAAGUAUAAAUGUUUUCAUUGAUGAUGAACUUAACAGAGGAGGGGAGAUUUCGCCAUCUCUUAUGAAUGCAAUUGAAGAAUCAAAGAUUUCAGUUAUUACUUUCUCGAAAGGUUAUGCAUCUUCAAGAUGGUGUCUUGAUGAACUUGUGAAGAUCAUGGAGUGCAAGGAAACGCAUAAACAGGCUGUAAUCCCAGUUUUCUAUCACAUAGAUCCAACCGAUGUAAGGAAUCAAACUGGAACUUUUGGGGAUGGAUUUGCUAAGCUUGUAGAAAGUUUUGAUGAGGAGAAGUUAGAGAAGCUACAAAUGACUGAAGAACAAUUUGAAGACAAGGUGGAGAAAUGGAAGAAGGCUUUGACAAGCGCAGCUAAUCUAUCUGGCCGAACAUCAAAAGGAGAACCGUAA